AUGUUGAUACCAACUCUUUCCACCAGCUCUCAUUGUCUUUUUAGCAUGCGCGUCGCUCGUUUUCUUCCUGCGCUUGUGGGCAUCGCCGCCGCUUGCAACGGUAAUCAGGCACUAUGCGGGAAGAAGUAUUCUGAGAUUACCUUCGUUGGUUCUCAUAAUAGCGCUUUUGUCGGAAUCGGCCCUGCGCACAACCAACUGGUUUCCGUACAGGAGCAGCUCAAUCUGGGCGUCCGCUUCCUCCAAGCUCAGACACAGAACAAGAGGGGCAACAUUCAGUUGUGCCAUACUGACUGCCUUCUUUUGGACGUGGGUACGCUAUCCGAAUACCUGGAUAAGAUCAACAAAUGGAUGAACACCAACCCGAAUGAGGUCGUCACCUUACUCCUGACCAACAUCGACAAGAUUCCCGUGGAGAAGUUCGCCGAGGUUUUCAAAAGCACAGGGCUGGAAAAGUACGUCUUCAGGCCUGGGAAGAAAGUUGCCAUCGACCAGUGGCCCACGUUACAAACGCUUAUCAACAGCGGAACGAGACUCAUUGUCUUUAUGGACUAUCACUCCGACACGAGCAAAGUAGACUACAUCCUUGACGAGUUCCAGUACUUCUGGGAGACACCCUUUGGCGAAACGGAUCCAAACUUCCCUCGUUGCAACAUCGACCGGCCGCAAGGCGUUGACCCUAACGGGUACAUGUAUAUGAUAAACCAUUUUCUGAACUUUGAAAUCCUCGGGAUCAAGAUCCCUGAUCUUCCCAAUUCAGCAAAGACGAAUUCCCUUCAGUCUAUAGAUAAGCAGGUCAACCUCUGCAGAGGUAUGUGGGGAAAGACACCGAACGUCAUUUUGCUUGACUGGAUCAACAUUGGCGAAGCAAUAAAGGCGCAAAACCAGUAUAACGCGUAG